GGCCGUUAGAAGAUUAGGUAACACUAAAGAAAUUAAGCACCCAAUGGAUAGGAUAAAAUCUUAUCCAAAUAUUUGGCUUUACAAUACGGUUGAAUUUGACUAGGUACCAGCACCAAACCAGUCUCUUUUGGCUGUUGGAAAACAGCAAAGCGGGAAAACACCAAUUCAUGGCCCUGUUACGUAAAUCUUCCACUCAAUACUAUUCGAUAGACACCGACUAAACUUUGAUUGACUACUUACCUAACAUGUCUCCAAAGUCGAAACAAAAAUGAAACCAGAAAUUUUGAUGGAGCUUCCUGUCACCUGUAACUCUAAACAUGUGAUAUUCCGUUUGUUCAAGAAAUAAAAAUACAAAUUUAUAUAUUAAUUAAAAACUUAAAUACCAUUGUUUAAGACAAUCAUAAUAAACAAAAUAAAGAUCUUGCCUUGGCUCAAGUAUUUGAAGGCUCCAUUUUGCUUGCGGACACAUUGUCUCAAUGCCAAUACAGGCUUUGACACUGCAUAUCCACAUCGUGCAUGAUGGCCCAAACUUUAAAGACUAGGGCGCUCAGACAUCACAUCCAAGGACCUACAUCAGAAGGGACAGUUGGCCCUGCAUCAGAACUGAGUCCUUGGGCCAGGCAAGGUUGUUUCCUCGCCGCAGCCGGUAUUGGCCAAUUCUUCAAUUAAAAAUGCUGAAUCAGGGCUUCCCUCCUACAAAAAGAAAAACUAUACCAAAAUCUAACCUUUGUACAAAGAAUCACAAUUAAACAGAAAUACAAACUCAACAAGUGCAAUUUGGCAUCAUAAAUGGAAGACAUUAAA